UGGAACCCAACAUGGGGCUCAAUCCCAUGACCCUGGGAUCAUGACCUGAGCUGAAACCAAGAGCCGGGCACUCAGCCAACUGCUCACCCAGGCUCCCCUUUUCUUUUCUUUUUCAGUGAUAGGAAGAAAUGCAUUAGAAACAUUUUCCUGGUCCUAAGCCCUAAGAAGUGGGUAUUUAUAGACUUGAUCGUUUUGUUGUUUUUAAUCUUAAUCUAAUUCUUAUUUUUGAGUGCAAAAACAGAACAAUGAUACUUUGCAAUGAAAAAAAAUGUUAAAUCUCCUCUAAAACUUUUACAGCUAAUAUGUCUGUACAACCUACAGAUUAUUCAUUUUCCUCGAGACUAUAAUCUAGUUUUCCCAUACAAAUAUAAAUCUCAUGGUCCGUGUCCACGUGGGAGAUUUAAAAGGCUUUCUUUAUAUCCUUAGGCAAAGAUUUUUGUGUAGUUCUAGGAGAAUUUAUGCCCACAGCAUCCUCUUCGGAUGAUACAAGAAGCCGCCAAGAAGGAGCUUCUCUGGGAGCCUGCUGGAUGCAUGUAUGGACCUUCUCAUGUCAUGCUAUAAAAGCUGUUGACAAUGAACAGUUGUUUUACAUGUUAAAAAUGCUUGGAAGGAAUAUUUCAGGGGAACCUUUUAUAGACUGAAUGUUCUCCCUUAGCUUUUCUUAAGCAAUGCCUAGCAGAGUCGAAUCCUGUUGUGUUGUUCAUUUUGCUUACAAAGUUAGCGACUUUUUUUCUUCCCCCUGUGCAUUUGUUUCCACUGCCACCUCCUUUCUCACAGUGACUUAGGGAAACGAAUCAACGAGAGUCGAAAUAGGACCCAUCGGCAGCGUUGGAACACGUGUUUCUAGACUCCAGUAACUGAGACGGUAGAAAAGUUGCCCACACGAUAUUUGGCACCUAGUUAGGUAUGUGUUCCUAGAACAAUCUUGAGAAAAUAUUUUUGCCCUGCCCUUCUUUUUCAUUUCUGGCUCUUCAAAAAAAGUUUUUUUGGUGUUUUGUCAUACCCAAGGGAGUACUUCGGAUAAUGACUUUGCGGUAUCCAUCAGCAUAGUGUGUCCCAGAGAGGGGCACAGCUAGCUGUAAUGUUGCUUUUGAUGACUACAGGCUGUGGCCCCGGCUCCCGGACGGCAUACUACUCCUUCCAAGCUCUUUCUUAACUCUUAACCUCCUUGCCGUUCUUCCUGGCCCACGACAGAGAGGAGGCACUUGGCUGACAGGCCUGUCAUUUCUGGGUUUUCUUAAGCAGCCAUGCCAAGAGACCAGAGCCCAUAUCUCCAUCUUCCCAGCGUGCCACUUGGCCCAAAUCCUUAAAUAAUGCAUGUGGCUAAGCUGGAAUCCAUUUUCUAUGUCCCCAGGAAUGACAAUCCAUUCUCUGUUUUGAGAGCCUAUUCCUAGAUCAGAAACUUGUGAAGAUUCUCCGCCUGUUGGGAGUGGAAGGUCCACAGCUCCUUACCUUCAGGCCUGUUCUCUUUUGUCCCCCCUUCCUUCCUUGUCCCCGGGAUUGUCAUGACCCGGAAGUGAAUUGUUUCUGCAGCUUUUCAUUUUUUCUGAAAGUCAGUCUGUUUCAAAGUUAAAUAUUGAACCUCAGGGGCACUUUGGUGGCUCCUUUGGUUGAGUGUUCGACUCUUGAUUUCAGUUCAAGUCAUGGUCCCAAGGUCGUCGGAUGGAGCUCUGAGUCGUGCUUUACAUGGAGCAUGGAGCCUGCCUGAGAUUCUCUCUCUCUCUCUCUCUCUCUCUCUCUCUCUCUCUCUGUCCUUCCUUCCGUCUCCCCCACUCUCGUGCACACACUCUCUCUCUAAAAUUAAAACAUAAAUAAAUAAAACAAUAAGUAUCAUACCUUGUAUUCACCAGUAAUAACGAACGUGUGUGCUUCAGAUGGAAGUUAUGAUUUCUGUCCAGAAGAAGGGUGUGGAUUUGGUGGGGUGGGGGGCCAAGGAAGAGAGAGAGAGAGCCUAUGAAUGAAACAACAUAGAAAUAGUAAAAGGUUCUGAUUCCUUUGGGAGGAAGGAGAAAAAUAGCAAAACCCUGAUGUACUAUAUUUUAUCCUUUAUGUCGGCUGAGAAAUUAGGGUCAGGACCCAGAAACUUUGCUCUAUCUCCUGGUGUUUGUUUCAGCUCAGGUGGGGUGGGCUUCUCCUUUGAUGGGUCAUUUCCUUGUCUCCCUUCACAUUCCAGGCUGCAUUAAGAUGACAAAUUUCACUUAUGGGCUCAGGCACAGACGUGAAAACCUGAGCUAUGGAGCUAACAGGGUGAGUGCAGAGGAGUGGAUUUAUUGGGGGGAGAAAGGGAUUGUUCCAAGAGCACAGCAGAUUUGGGGAGCCCGGCCCCGCAUCAGAGAGUGCACAGGAUGGCCCGGACAGUACCCGCCUCUCCCCCAUCAGCCCUGGUCUGAGGCCUCAUCACUUGCCCCAAGGCUGAAGACACAUGUUAAAGUAAUUACGAGACUUCUUUAAAGCACACACACACACACACACACACACACACACACUCCAGAAUAUGUUGUUCGUAGAUGUGCAACUUUAUUUGGACAUCACCUGAAAGCAGGUUUUGCAGAAAAGAUUGAGGGCGAAAUACGUAGAAUAAAGGCCUUGUGUUCUUUUCUAUCUGUGAACUCCACAAUAAAUAGCUCACUUCUCCUACGCUGCCUUUAGUGAGGAGAAAAAAAAAAAUCUUGGACAGCAAAGAGCAUGUCCGUCACAUCAAACAUAACUGCGUUAAAUAGUAAAAUGUUCAAAGUCCAACUGAGAUAGAUAAAGGCUUUGAUGGAAAGUGGAUAUUUCCCAGGGACAUUACAAGCAAUAAUCCAGAUGUUAUGCUGUAAUGCAACGAGUGUCGUGGAUAGAUCAGGAGAUCCAGCCAAGCCGCGCCUGAUGUAGGCCUUAGCCUUGCCCUCCCAUGCUGUUCCGCCAUAUGGAACCUAUCUCUCGGCCCUCUUAAUAACCAGCUUUGGAUUCCAUUUUCACAGAGCUCAUAGAGCUAAGUGGGGCUGUUUUAUGGACAAGUUAGAUAGAAGCCUUUCCAAGAUAAACAUCCAAUUUGAAAUUAGGACAUACCAAGCCACAAAAUUAUUUUAGGGCAUAUUUCAUGGAAGCCCUGCCAUUUUUCUUAGGCAAUUGCCAGACUGGAGGAUGCCCUUUGAUCCCAUGUGGACAUUACUCCCUUCUUUAUAAAAAGGAUUUUGAAAUAGUUGCAGUGUUUAGGGAGGAAUAUAUCUGUCGGAACUUUGAAGCAUGGCCAUGGGACAGGUCAUGCUUUUUAGCUUGUUGGUUGGCAAGUCAAACUUUAAGAAGAAAAAAGAAAAAAAAAAAGGGAAUUGUAGCCGGAUAUAUGAAUCAAAAUCUCAUUUUCCUUUUAAAGAUAGAAGUUUUCAGCCCGUGUGCUUAAUAAGCUAUAAAAUGUACUCAGUGUAUCCACAUCUAUACGCUCAAAUAUAAAUUUAUAAACACAUACGCAUAUAUGUUUGUAUAUGUGUCUGUUGGUGUACUGUGUUGGCGUGUGUUGUGUUUAAUUAACAUGAAAUCGCUUGACUUUAAUACUUUCAUAUAGCUUUUUUUAUUGAAUAUAUUCUCUCCACAACCAAACUGGAAAUAGAAGUUCAGAAAGAAUCGUUCAUGUUCUCCAGAGGAGAGGGAUUUUUUUUUCUUUUUAAAAUGAAUUAUUUUCCCUUGCCCCCUCCCUGCUCUGUCUCGGCACCUCCAAAACUCGUGCAUGCGUGUGUGUGUGUGUGUGUGUGUGUGUGUGUGCAUUUUAAGAGAAGAGCAGCGCAGAUGUGAAGUUUGAGAGUGUGGACUUCCUUGAAUGUGCUUUGCUUAAGGUCGUCAUAAAAUGAUCAAAUGCUUGGUGGCUUGUUGCCGCACCAUUUAUUAAGAGUGGUGGAGUAACGUGUUGGAUGAGGUAAGCUGGUAUAUAAUUAAUACGGUACUGACAUACCAUUUGUUGUGAUAAAUUGUGACUAACUGGUGUCCGAGCGAAUUGGUGUCUGAAUGAUCUCGAAGAUAUAUUGAGUAGAUGACAGGAACAAAUAUAUAGUGUUAGAAAUUCAUGGCUUUACUAUGGUACUUUAUGCCAUUUACAUUCUCCAGUCCAUUUAUUUCUCCUUCAAAUACGCCCGCCUCUGCUCGUACCAUUUCACGUAUCGAGCGGCGAACGUAGAUCAACUCCACCAACUCAAUGCAGCGUGCGGAUCAGGUGGGGAUCCUCAUUCAGACAAACUAACCAUAAAAGAGACACGGUGGAGACCUUCAGGGAAAUGUGACUCUGUGCUGGGUGUCUAACAAUAUUAAGGGAGUUAUGGUUAUUUGUGUUGAAUGUGGUCACGGCAGGGUGCUUCUGUAAAAACACAUAUGGGUUUUGCUUUCAACUCUUUCAGCCCGAGAAAAAGAGUGAAGGGCUAGAUGAGGUCAGAUGGGCAAAAGGUGGAAUCAGAUGGAUCAGCACGUGGAGAUUUAUAUGCCAUGCUCUCUGCCUUUGUGCGUGUUUGGAAAUUUCCAUAGUGGAAAUUAAAAAUAAAGUGUGCGUGUCCUCUUUAUAAUUUAAUAAUCGGGGAUGUUUGCUCUCCUCUACAUUCUGUUUAAGGUGUGUGUGAGUGUGCAUGAGUAAUAUAAUUUAGAAAAGGAAAAAAAACAAACAAACAAGUAAAGAGUUACCCAAUCUCUACUGGAUCCCAGGCGCCGUGCUAAGGACGUUAUACAUCCUUCCCCUCCCUGCAGAUCUGCAAAUCGCAUUUGCCUGGCUGGUUGCUUCCAGGCUGUAUCUGGAGUUGUGAAUCUCACUGUGGUGGUGGGCAUUUUAGGAGCAGCCCAAGGAAUAAAGGGAAGUGUGGACAGAUUUGAGUGUGAGGGAUAAAAUCAAAACCGUUAUUGCCAAAUGCCCAGAGUCCUCUUUGAUACGCAACUUGCGACUCUCAGAGUCCUUGAAAAAGAACCAACUCUGGAAUGGGAUUAUAAGCAUAACCUUGUUGGGAGGGAAGAAUGUAUCAGGAGGAAGCAUGACAGAAAUGUUUGUCCAGUUAAAACUGGGAGACCAGAGGUAUAAAAGUAAGACACUGUGUAAGAGUGCAAAUCCGCAGUGGCGGGAACAGUUUGACUUUCACUACUUCUCUGACAGGAUGGGCAUUUUGGACAUUGAAGUGUGGGGAAAGGACAGCAGAAAGCACGAGGAACGUCUGGGCACGUGCAAAGUGGAUAUCGCAGCGCUGCCUCUGAAGCAAGCCAACUGCUUGGAGCUGCCCCUGGAGAGCUGCCUGGGGGCCCUCCUGAUGUUGAUCACGCUCACUCCCUGUGCUGGCGUCUCCGUCUCUGAUCUGUGCGUGUGCCCCUUAGCAGACCCCAGCGAGAGAAAGCAGAUUGCCCAGCGAUAUUGCUUACAGAAUUCCCUGAAAGAUAUGAAGGACGUCGGCAUUUUACAAGUGAAGGUCUUAAAGGCAGUAGAUCUCUUAGCAGCGGAUUUCUCAGGGAAGAGCGAUCCUUUUUGCUUGUUGGAGUUAGGCAAUGACCGACUUCAGACACACACCAUUUACAAAAACCUCAACCCUGAGUGGAACAAAGUUUUUACAUUUCCUAUUAAAGAUAUCCACGAUGUUUUGGAAGUGACAGUGUUUGACGAAGAUGGAGAUAAACCUCCUGAUUUUCUUGGAAAAGUUGCCAUUCCCUUGCUGUCCAUUCGAGAUGGACGACCAAAUUGCUACAUAUUGAAGAAUAAAGAUUUAGAACAAGCUUUUAAAGGAGCUAUUUACUUGGAGAUGGACCUCAUAUAUAAUCCGGUCAAGGCGAGUAUUAGGACCUUUACUCCCAGAGAAAAGCGCUUUGUUGAAGAUAGCCGCAAGCUGUCCAAGAAGAUCUUAUCAAGAGAUGUAGACCGUGUGAAAAGAAUCACCAUGGCAAUGUGGAAUACAAUACAGUUCCUUAAAAGCUGCUUCCAGUGGGAAUCCACGUUAAGAAGUGCAGUAGCGUUUGUGGUAUUUUUGGUCGCCGUCUGGAAUUUUGAACUGUACAUGAUCCCCCUGGCCUUAUUACUCCUCUUCAUCUACAAUUUCAUCAUUCUCACAAAAGGGAAGACGGGCAGCAUCCAGGACAGCCAGGAGAGCACAGACGUAGACGAAGAGGAGUAUGACGAUGACAAGGAAUCCGAGAAAAAGGGGUUAAUUGAAAGAAUCUAUAUGGUACAGGAUAUUGUUUCAACUGUUCAAAACAUCUUGGAGGAAAUAGCUUCUUUUGGAGAAAGAAUUAAAAACACGUUUAACUGGACGGUCCCAUUCCUUUCCUUCCUGGCCUGCCUGAUCCUGGCAGUGGCCACCGUCGCUUUGUAUUUUAUUCCACUCCGGUACAUCGUUUUAAUCUGGGGCAUAAAUAAAUUUACUAAGAAGCUUCGAAAUCCCUAUGCCAUCGACAAUAAUGAGCUGUUAGACUUCCUCUCCAGGGUACCGUCUGAUGUUCAAAAGGUGCAGUACGCCGAACUGAGACCCUGCAGCAGCCACAGCCCCCUUCGGAAGAAGCGCAGUGCCGUCUAGGACACGCGCCAACUCUGGCCACCGGCACCCGAUUCCCUGUGGGGUCGAUGAGACCCGUGAUGUCUCUGUUCCACCGGUGGUCCCCACCGUGUCUUUCCAAAACACGUGCUGUGUGGAGCCCUCCCCCUCUUCUCCCUGCUUCUCCACGGGCACCGAUUGCACACGUGUGCGCACGUCCACGCACACGGGUGUGCUGGUUGCGUAGCAGGUCAGCCCCUCGCAAGGAAACAAGCCAGAGACCGUGAAAGACUGAUGUCCCUUCUCCCGUAGAAAGUAACGUAAGGCUGUCAGGGGUCUCAACAGCCUCCUUGAAAACAGCCGGGAGUCCACCUGGAUUCAAGAGGGACUUUGAACUUGUUACGGUACCUCCACCAGAUUCUCCUGAAGAUCUGGUCAUGUCCACUCCCGUCUGCACACUCCUUUCAGAUUGUUGUUCACGUGAGGCAGUCGGUUUCUCCGAGUUAGCAAAUCCCUGGUAGCCAUCGUCUCCCCACAUAGUAUAUAUCAUGCAUAGAUUUUUAAAUAAUGACCCAGAUCAGCUCAAGUCUUUGGGAGUCUUUCAGCCGGGAUUACUGAAGACCCGUAUGGAAAAUUGUGGUCAACACCUCGGCGCUGGAUGCCAGCCUCUUUCACCGUCCAUUGCUGGCAAUGGAAGGCCCCGGAAAGUCCAAAGGGACCACUCGUCCAAAAAGCGAAGGUUUCAGGGAGAGUAUUUGGUUGCCUUAAAAACGCCAUUUCUUCUGACUUGACUUCGCUUUAUUUCCAAAAUAAAAUGUCAAUAUUAUAGCUGCAGGACGUGGGGGAUGAAUGAAUGAAUUCUGAAAGUAUUUAGAAAGAAAGGUAAAGGCUGGGGAGCAAGGGACUAACGAAUGAAGGUGGACCGCUCACCUGAUUGUCGUAAUCCCUUCAUUCGCCCGCAUUUGGGGGCAGAAAGUAAAAAUAAGGCAGCAGUCCAAAAUGAUCUUUCGUUCCUGAGCAAAAUAAUCUGCAUGUAAUACAUCUAUAUCUCAGAACCGCGUUCCUAGAAAAGCAUCAUCCCCAAAUCCUGCAUAGUAUCUGAUGCCUACAGCCCCCAUUUCAUAGUACCCCCCAGAUAAAAACCCCGAUUUUGUGCAUAUAUAAAAUGUAUGCCAAUAUCUUUAUGUUCAAAUGAUAUUUAAGUUGUAAAGACCGUAUUUAGUUGACACAUACUUUAUGCAGUUUUAUAUAUAUAUAUAUAAUAUAUAUAUAUAUGUAUUGUAAAGAAAAGUCGAGGUAAAAAAAAACAGAUUUAAUAGUGAGUUUUGCUAUUUUUUUUCCUCUCUGGGUUGUAAUUUAAUAAUCUUCAAACAAAAUGUUUAUGAAAAAUGCCAAAGAUUCUAAACCUUAUCAUCCUGUGUCUGUUUGUCUUCAUAUUAUAUCUUCCUGGGUUUCUUUCUGGCUGAGCCAGAUUUCUGCAUGAUUUGAUUUGCUUCAAGUUAAUGAAGCUGGUGGGAAAAGAGCCUUGCAGAAAUUAUAAAAGCUCCAGUAAAUCUCUUAGUUGUACAUACAAUAGAUAUCCAAGAACCUCUUUUGUGAAACCAGUUACUCAAUCUUCUGUGUAAACAAUGCCUCAUUGUCUCACUCCCGACUAUCAUGUAGUUUAUCAUAGUCUGUCAUUUUGUAACGACCUAAGUCAGACAUUUUUAAACAGACACGUGAGAUCUGAUCAGUCAUUCGAAUGAAAACUUUCAGCAAGCAAAAUAACCCCUUAUUUAUUUUUAAAAGUAGCACUGAUACUUUAUUGUUGUUCUUCGGCUAUGCAAUUUCAAAAUGAAAUAAUUUGUCCAACAAGGAGCCAUCAUUAGCGACUCUUCCUCCCUCUGUCACCCAACAGGAAUUCGGAGCGUUUAGUUUAGGAUGCAGACAGCAGCUGGGAUUCGGGACCGAAUCAACCUUUAAUAAACUGUCAAUGGAAAACAAGUGUUAAUUGAUUAAGGAGGCUUUGAAGGUUAAAAAUGUUAGUUGUAAGGGGAAUGUGAAGACUGGUACAAGUAAUCAAACUCGGAUGAAAGAUUCCAGAAUGCUUUAUAUAAAAUUCAUGGAUUGUGGAUUCACAGUACGAUCAUUAAAGAUAAUUUAGUAGGAAUGUUGAAGUUUAGCCAAGCUCUCCUGGUUCUCUUCUCUUCUCAGACCUCACGCUCCCGUUUCCAGCCCUGCCUGGAUGUCUUAAAGGCGUCUAUCCCGCGGUGGGUCAGCAACUCCAUUAUUGCUCCCUUGAUGUGUUCAGGACUCCUAAUGUCAUAGUCUCCCUCUCGUUUCCUUAUUUCCCUUACUGGCACUGGCAUCUUCUGGGCUGGGAGACUCUGGGCAUCCCAUUUGUUGUUACUUAUGUUAUUUCCCACACUUCCCAACCCACAAAUUUGUAGAUCCAGUGUUGACUGUCGUGUUAUCUUGUCCAUUUCUGAUCACCACCCCCUAAGCCAAGGCCUCCAUAACCUCUCACGAGUCACGGCGAUUACAUUAUGCCAGAUUAAACCUCAUUCCGACUGUUCUUUUCACCAGGAAUACUUUCAGGUUUCUGAAAUUCUACCUUCCUUUAUGUUUUUUUAAAUGCUUGUUGGGGCGCCUGGGUGGCUCAGUCGGUUAAGUGGCCGACUUCGGCUCAGGUCAUGAUUUCGCGGUCCGUGAGUUCGAGCCCCGCGUCGGGCUCUGUGCUGACAACUCAGAGCCUGGAGCCUGUUUCGGAUUCUGUGUCUCCCUCUCUCUGACCCUCCCCCAUUCGUGCUCUGUCUCUCUCUGUCUCAAAAAUAAAUACACGUAAUAAAAAAAAAAUAAGUAAAUGCUUGUUUAUUUUGAAAGAGAGAGAGCAUGAGCGGGGAAGAAGGGGGGUGCGGGGCGGGUAGAGAAUCCCAAGCAGGCUCUAUGCUGAGUGAGGAGCCCGACACAAGGCCUGAUGUCACAACUGUGAGAUUGUGACCUGAAUCGUUAUCAAGAGUCACCAACUGAGACACCCAGGUGCCUGAAUUCUACCCUUCUUUAAAAGUUUCAAAAGUUUCCUGCCCCAAAUAGACUUUCUCUAACAUCCUUGUCUGAAUAACAUUCUACCCUUCUCUCUUGUUCCCUCACAUCUUCUAUAUCUUUCUGGCAUUUGCUGUAUUCUGCUAUAGCUCGUAGUUACCAGAGGCUUUUGACCCCAGCUGUCCUCUACUGAUGGAGCACCCUGUCUGGCACCUAAUAGACACUCAGGAAAUACAUGAUUAAUUGAUUGAGUCAUAGUCGACUUUUCUUCUCUGCCCUUUUCAUGUAUACAGAGGGCUGAUCUGGGUAGAUUAGCAUGGUCGAUCAGAGGAAGUAAUUUCUUGCAUUUAGUGCAUAGCUUAUAUUGUGUGAUACUAUUUAUAAGCUCUGGCAUGCCCACUAUAAACAUUUAAAUGAUGUCUUAUAUUGGUGAAGUCAUUGUUACCUAUAUAUCACAGGAAAAUAUAUUUGUGCAUGGUAAAAAAAACAAAAACAAAAACAAAAAACCCUAAAACUUUCUGAUUCUUUUUCUUGUCAUUUAUCACUUGAUGAACAUAUACUGAAUACUGAUGACCUACCUGAACAAAACAGACUACAUUCCCUUGGUAAAAGCAGACGUGAAACAGAUACCUUUCAAAAGGGGCAUGAUGUUUGUAGAUUCAAGUUUGAAAAAGAAUAUUCUGACUGCAGUGGGUAGACUAGCAAUUAUGAAUGUUCACGGAAGAGCCAACUUGAAGUCUUGAUAAAUUGAUGGGCCUUCAAAUAGUAUCAAUGGGAAAAAAUACAAGUGAAAUUCUGAAAUUGUGAGAUGGGUAGGAGAAAAAAUGAGCAGAGCUUAUCAGUUGCUUGACUAUGGGGUGAGGGAAAGAGUAGAACAAAGAUGGCACUCAGUCUGGUCAUUGUUGGGUCUGGGAAGGUGGUAUGUGCUAAGAGAGAAUUAUAGGAGCAGCCAUGAAAGGAACAGCAUGAACCUGGUUUUAGAAGAUGUUGAAUUUGAGGUAGCUGAUGAGGCUUCAAAAGGGGAUCUCAAAGAGGUGCCAAUAUAUAUGCUUAAGGGACAACAUUCAUAGAAAUGAUUAAAGUCCCAUGCUUUGAGAAAUUGACUCAAUACUCAAAAAAGUCCUAUAAAGAUGAGUCCACCUAGACUAAAUAGAAAUAUUAAACAAGAGAAAAAGCAGUAAGCAUACACUGUCAUAGAAUUCAACUGGUGGAGUGUAUUCCAAGAAAACAGGUGUUUUUUAGACCAACAAAACAGGUCUAUAGUGCUAACUACCACUGAGAUCACAUCAGAUGAGGACAGAAGAAUGACCUUUAGUUAACAGCAUGGCAACUUGUGGAGACCGUGGUGAUGAGUCAUUUCAGUUGAAUGGUAAAAAAAGGAAACCAGAUUUGGGUUGAGAAAUGAGUAGCCCUAGGAAAAUGGAGGCAGCCUGGCAGUAACCCUUGAAAAAUUCCACUAGAAGGAGAGCAGGGAGAGAGCACAGCGACUCAUAAUGAAAGAAGGGGCAUGGAAUUGUUAAGGAAAAAAAAUUAGAUGUCAUGAACUCAGUGUAUACCUAUUGACAACAAAAAACUCUUCAUUAGUACAAGAUGGGAUGAUCUGUAUCAUUUAAAACUACCCUUGUCAAAACCCACCUCUCUUUUGUGUAGUAUUAGUCUAACUUUUAUGGUAAUAAAAUGGUUAGGAAAUCAAAAUAGAGUGUCCUCUGAAAAUGUUACGAGUACCAAUGGAUAAUUGGAUCAAUGUUGACAGGUUCCACUUAAAGAAUGGCAUAAAGCACAUUGCUUCUUUAUGGAGGUCUCUUUGUAUAAAGCCUGCUCUUCCGGCAUUUUAAUGUGGUGAUUUACACGGGGAAAAUGGAUAGUUAGCAUUUUAUACCAUUUAUUCAUUGCCAGGUACUUCCUAUAUGCUUUAGAUGUAAUAAAUCAUGUAAUUAACAACAAAAACAGUGUUAUGAAAUUCCUUUAAAUACUUAUGGAAAGAAUAAUCUCAUGCAAACUCUCCCAGAAAAUAGUAAAAAAAAUAAAAAAUAAAAAAAUAACACUUUUCUACAUAUUUUAUGAAGCCAAUAUAAUCCUCACUCCAAUAACCAGCAAGGUGAUACAAGGAUAGAAAAUGACUGACCAAAAUCCCUUAUGAAUAUAAAUACAAAAUUAUGAAAGAUGUGUAAGCUUCUACAUUGAAAACAUGAUUGAGAGAAAGAAGAUAAAUAAAUGUAGGGCUUCGCGCAUUAGAAGAUUCAGUAUAUUAAGAUGUCAAGAGAUUAAAUGUAAGCCCAAUAAAAAUCAUAACUUUUGCAGAAAUUAAUCAGCUGAUUCUAUAAUUACAUGGAAAUGCAACAAUCCAAGAAUAGUCAAAGCAAUCUUGCAGAUGACUAACACUGGCAGAUAACAAAAUGUAUUAUAAAGUUAUUGUAACUAGACAAUGUGCUAUAGGCACAAGUGUAGACAAAUAGAUUAAAGAAGUAGAAAAGAUCAGGACACCCACACAUAUUUGGUUAACCUCUCACCCAAGUUAUGUCAAAGGUAACGUAUUUUCGGUGUGGGAACAGCCUGCAGUGUAGGGAAAAAACCUUUUUGAAAAAUGACACUGGGUCACUUUAGUAUCCACAUGGAUAAAAGAAAUAUUGACUCCUGCUUUAUUCUCACGAAAAUCAAUCCUGCAUGAAUUGCAAAUCCUAAAAGCAGAAGGCAAAAUAGAUUUCAGACAUAGAGAUAUGAAAACGUUUUCAUGUCUAUGUGAAAAGCAAAGAUGUCUUAAAUGGAAAACAAAAGGCUAAUCAUAAUGAGAAAAUACUGAUACAUUGGAGAUCAUUAAAAUUAACUUUUUCCUCUAGAAGUAUGGUUAAGAGAGUAAAAGGAUUAAGCCACAGAGUGAAAGGCAAUCCAUAAUCUCUAUAUACAAUCUGGCAAAGAAUUCUAUCCAGAAUACAAACAGAUUUUCCACAGUGACAAGGCUGAAAACACAAUACAAAAAUGGGCAAAAGACUUGAACAGUCACUUCACCAAAGAGCCUAUGCAAAUGGCCACUAAACAUAUAAAAAGGUGCUCGACAUCAGUAGUCAUCAGGCAAAUGCAAAUUGGAACCUCUGGAAAAUGAUAUUACACAUAACCAAAAUGGCUAACAUGAAAAGUCAAGUGUUUUUAAGGAUAUGGAAAAACAAAUUCCUAUAUACUGCUGGUGAGUGAGAACAUAAAUUGGUAAAAGCAAUUUGGAAAAGAAGUAUCUAUUAAUGUUAACCAUAUGCAUGCCCUAUGACCCUUCCCCCAGUGUCACUCUUAAGUAUAUAACCAACAGAGGUGUGCAUGCAUUGGAUAAAAGAUGGGCCCGAGACUAUUUAUAGCAGCACUCCUUGCAUAAUUCCAAAAACAGAAACAGUAUAUAUUCAUCAACACCUGGGACAAUCAAUUGCUUGUGACUCUACAAUGAAAUACCAUACAGAAAUGAAAUGAAAAACGAAUGUUGCAUGCAACAACAUAGGUACCUUUCACAAAUAAGGCUCAACAAAAGAAACAAGACACAGCACAAAUAAGUGCCAUGAAAGAUUUCAUUUGUGUAGAGUUCAAAAACAGGAAAAUACAAUCCAUGGUGUUAAAACUCAGAAGGCUGGGGGUGUAGUGGGUAAAAGGAGCCAUAAGUGGAAUUCUUGGGUUCUGCCAUUCUAGUCUGGAUUCUUGUUACGUGAACCUGUUAACUUUGUGAAAUUCAUUGAGCUGUAAACUUAUGACUUGUGUAAUUGUCUGCAUGUUUACUAAGAGGAAAGAAAAAUUAUGAAGCAUGACAAUUUUAUUCCUCAUUUACCAUUAAAGAAACUGAAGCUGAUCAUGGUUAGUAUUUUCAACAUGAAACAAGAGCACCAAUCCAAAUAAACAUUUUAAGUUGUGGGGA